AUGGGUCGACAAAUAAGGCCCGCCCGGAUCUACCAGGCCGUAAGCCAGGAGCUUACCACGAAGGUUCUACCUGGCUAUGCCGCCCAGGAACCGCCAUGGUUCCAGGUCAUGAGAGACAUUCCGCCUUCCGAGAUCCUCACGAGGCCCGUCACCGUCCAGAAAAGGCCCAACAACCACAAGCUGCGCAAGCCGAGCAACAUCUACAAGCCCCCGAGAAUAACGCACCCGGAGGAUGGUCUUCGCGCGACAUUUUACAGAGACCACCCGUGGGAAUUGGCGCGCCCGAGAAUAAUCCUUGAGUCAGAUGGAAAGGACGCGCAGAGAUGCAAUUGGGCCAAGGGGCUGCGCCAGCCUGGUCUGCCCCUGACCGGCGAAUGUGUCGUACAGCGCCAGCUCUGGCUCAUGCAGAACGCCGGACUCAAACGUGACCAAGCGUACGAUGUCGCAAGAAAAGAAUUUUAUGCGUUGCGUCAGGAGGAGGAGAUCGAGAAGCGCGUCGCCAGGGAGGAGGCCAGACACGUCGGGGCGUACUUUGGCAAGAACAGACUGCAGAUCAGCAUGGACCUUGAAGACAAAGAGUUUGAGACGUGGAAGGGCUGGGCGGGCAAGCGGACGGCCGCGUUGGAGCAGCAGGGUGCCAACUACGCGACAUAUGGCGAGGAAGCGGACGCCGAAGCGGCUCCGGAAUCGACCUUGAUAUGA